AUGUCUCAUCCAAGCCGUGCCCGCGCUGCUGCUGCCCCGACUGCGUUGAAAUCGAGACAGCCACUCCUCCAAGCCACUCUGGGUGUCUUCCGUAAAUCCACUCCUGCCCCCAAACCUUGGGUGCGCCCUCGGGCUCCCAUCAUUCUGAGCACUACCCACCGCCGGCGCGACCGUGCCUCGGUGCGGCCCAUUCUCAAGCGGCAGACUUCUCGUCGCCGCCGCGACUCCGAUGUUUCUGAGACUUCCACGCUGCGCGGUGAUGCCGACGAGCUCGAGCUCGAGCUCGAGCCCAUGUACCAGAAGCAGGGCGUAAGGGGCGUCGACUAUUACGAAGUGCUCGUGCGCACAUCUGGUCAGCCCUCCCCCUCUUCUUACCUCUCAGACUCGGCCGAGCUGAGAUUUUCUCCCUAG